UUUGUCGACUUGUGUUGAACCAAGCAUCGUCUCGACAAACUCACACAUCAACUCCCUCCAUCUCACUCACAUCUCGCCCAUUCUCGGUCGCUACUGCUCGACACACACACACGCCCCUAACGCCGCCGACUCGACAACUCAGCACACGCCACGCCCAGCCGCGACGCGCUCGCUUUCCCUUCCCCACACGUCUUCCUGCCUUGCCUCCCCUUGCCCACUCGCCAGCACGCGCGCAUCUAAUCACCCCCGGCGACAUAUAAUCCAGCGCAACGCACAUAUACCCCGCGCAAGCUUAAAUACCUAGACCCGACUCGAACCCGACCCUGCCCCCGCCAUGUCCAUCCCGCCAGCUACGCGCCGCACCACGAGCUUGACGGGCUCGUCGCGUCUCUCGCUGAGCGUGGGCACCAAGCCCGCCGCGCCGGUGCCCAGCGCUGCGGCCGGCCGCCACCUGCUGCGCCAGGAAUGGUCCAUUAGCUACGUCCACCGUCCACCUGGGACCAAGGUCGACUACGAGAAGGAGAUCCACAAGGUCGCGACGUUUGGCUCGAUCGAGUCCUUUCUCCACCUCUACGCGCACAUCACGUCACCCGCAGACCUGGCGCCCGUGACCGACAUUUUGUGUUUUUUGAGCCGGAUCCAGCGGCCCGGUAUCUGGGAGGAGAUGGUCAACGGCGGCAAGUUUACCAUUCGGCUGCUGCACCCGAUCACGCCCGUGCUGUACGAGGCGCUGCUGUUUGCUCUGAUUGGCGACCAGUUUGACCAGGCCGACACGGUCGUCGGGUGUGUCCUGAGCGUGCGCCAGACCGAGUCCAUCUUGAGUGUGUGGGUCGAGGAGGAGGGUGAGGGUGUGCGCUCAGGCGCAUUGAAAGAGAAGAUUCUUUCUGUUCUCGGCCUCCCCCCAACCACCAUGUGCGAGUACCGUGCCAACAAGGCAUUGCUGGACGCUGCGUCGUCGCUCAAGGACAAGCUGGCCGAGGGUGGCCAGCAGUCGCAGCAGCCAUUUGAGGGCGGUGCGUCGCAGCACCACGGCGGCGGCGGCGCUGGUGGCAGCGGAUUUGGAGGGCACGGCCACGGCGGGCACGCUGGACAUGGCGCGCACGGUGGACAGGGCUACCACGGCCACCAGCAGUAUGGCAACCGCAGCCACCACGAGCCCCGCGAGCCCCGCGAACGUGGGGAACGUGGAGAGCGCGGCGAGCGUGGGGAGCGAGGCGAGCGCAGCACUGGCCACUACCGUGAGCCCCGGCCGCCCCGGGAGGACGGCGAGCGACGGAACGGCUGGGGCAGCGGAUUUCGUAGGGAGCAAUAGAUGAUGCAUCGUGCCGGUGCUCCGGAGUGAGUG